GUUUAAACAUGGAUUUUAUCCCAAAUGACAUAUUGAGAGAGUUUUUUCAAGGACCUAGAAAAGGCGUCAUAGGUUCUAAAACAAAGAUAAAGUCUGGGGGUAGCAGCAUAUCAGAAAAAUUACCACAGUCUACAACCGUGUCCAUGACUGCAGCUGAAGGACCAUAUGAAAUCGCAUUGAAAUCUGACUCUCCACUUAGGAAUAUUAUUUCCUGUAAAACAAGGUCUUAUUUAAACAACAGAAGCUAUACUGUAUAUUUGUCUAAAAAACUCUCUAGAAUAGUUCAGAACAAGCAUAUAAGAGAGUUCUCACCCAUUAGAAAUGCGGAGCAAUUACAAAGUUUCAAGGAAGACAGUUCCGUGGCAUUAAGAGAUAUUCAAAACAUUUUCAAGGAAGUAAUAAGCGAGAUUUGUCCUGAGCAUAGCAAUCGCAAGGCAUUACUUUCCAGCUUGCAUGACAUUUAUGGUAAUAUUUUCG